AUGAACGCAGGAACUUCUAUGAUGGAGAUUGAUAUGCAUCUAUCUCAAUUAUUUGGGGGCAUGAAACUUGACAGCAGAUGGAGCAAGACGGACGUUGUGAGUCACUUACCUUCACUCGACAGCAGACCAGCGCGCUCUGACAUAGCCCUCGGACUCUGGAGAAAGGAAAGCGAAGAGCUUAUCCCGGCAUCGAUGCCGCCAAUAGCGGACACUCCAGACGCGCUCAUGUACGACUCCUCCGACAGCGAGGACUCGAGCUACCAGCCAAGCCCGUCGGCAUCCUCAAGCUCCACCGAGAGCGUCGACGCCGGCUGCGCGCUGCUGCAGGCCAUCCGCGAGGAGGUGCGCAUAGGACGGUACCCUACCACCGGCGGCGAAUACCUGGAAGCCAUAUUCACGCACCGCGAGGUGUUCUCCGCGUACCCGCAGGGGCACCGGAUGUGCUCGGUCGGGUUCAGCGACCUGGCGCAAGAUCUGGAGCAGCGCAGUGGGCGGGCGGACCGAGAUGCAGACCCUGAGGUGGUGGCGGCGUUCAGACAUGAAGCUGCGUGGAUCGCAGCGGUUGGGUGGUAG